GCGACGGCUGAGCGGCGCAGCUCUCAAAACUCGGAAGGCAGGACGAUGAGAGUUUUGUGGAUCAGUUUGAGGAGACUCAGUGAUGUGUUUUCUGUAGGUUCAGUCAGACGUACCCUAAGCUCAAGAGCCAUGAGACUGGUCCAGUUCUGCCCUAAAGGGAAUGAAGGAGGCAUCAGGAUCGGUGUGGAGCAAGAACAAGGCCAUGGAGUCAUUGACCUGAAAGCGUUUGACUCCUCCAUGCCGUCCACAAUGAGAGAGUUUUUGGAGUUAGGAAAGGCUGGCAUGGACUGUGCUCAAAGAGCUCUUGCCAGUGGUCAGUGUGUGGUCUCUCACACUGACAUCAAGCUGCUGUCUCCAGUGACUCGCCCAGAUAAGGUGGUCUGCGUGGGAAUGAACUACAGGGACCACUGCCUGGAGCAGAACGCCCCCAUCCCUACUGAGCCAAUCAUCUUUAACAAGUUUCCUUCUGCCAUCACCGGCCCAUUCGAUGAGAUCAGCCUUCCAGACAACAGUCAGGAGGUGGACUGGGAGGUGGAGCUGGCCUUUGUGAUUGGAAAAAAAGGGAAGCACAUAAAGGAGGAGGAUGUUUUCUCCCACAUCGCAGGCUUUACCGUAGCCAAUGACGUCAGCGCUCGCGACUGGCAGUUGAGUAAGAACGGGAAUCAGUGGCUUCUGGGGAAAACGUUCGACACGUUCUGUCCGUUAGGACCCGCUCUUGUUACCACAGCAGCACUGAAGGAUGUGCAUAAUUUGGGGAUCCGUUGCCUGGUUAAUGGCGGCGUCGUCCAGGACAGCAACACCAGUCAGCUGAUCUUCAAGACAGAGAAGCUGGUAGCAUGGGUGUCCCAGUUUGCGACUCUCUAUCCUGGUGAUGUGUUUUUGACAGGCACUCCCCCAGGGGUGGGUGUGUUCAAAAAGCCACCUGUCUUUCUAAAGAGAGGAGAUGUCGUGGAGUGUCAGAUUGAUGGGAUCGGAUCCAUCAAGAACACAGUGGUGUAACUACACGGCUAGACUACUUCUAAACACACUGAUCCUGCUGUCUUUACCUAGAGGAACAUAAUUCAAAUCUUAUAUGGUAAAAAACACUGUAGGCUAAUUACAGUCUGAUCAUUAAUCAAAACUAGACCUUGAACUAAUGUCCUUUGUUUAGUGUCCAACUGAAAUAUCAAUGUUUAUUGAAUUACUCUUCAUUGUGGUGCCUAGAACUUAAAUCUAGAACUUUUACACUGUUUUACACUGAUUAUCCACUUUAUUAGGAACCCCUCCUUGUAGUUCCACCUUGUUGGUAACUGUCCACACUGCCAAAAGUACCAAUUGGUUUUAUAUAAUAUUCUAGUUUUCUGAGACAGGUGAUUAUAAUUAUGAUUCAGUACAAAAGCAGUAUCCGCGAAAAUCUGAUUUUUUAAGGAGCUUAUACUUUAUUAGAAACAUACUUUGCACUUACACUUAAUAAAGUGGCCAGUUAGAAAAAGUACAAAAUACGUGUUUCUAUUUAAGUGGCCACUGUGGUAGAAUACAUGCUACGAGUUUUUAAUAAAAUGGCCAGUGAGUGGAACAAAAAGGUUUUUCAUUCUAAUAAAGUGGACAUUGAGUAGAAGUACAAAUCAGGUGUUUCUAAUAAAGUGACCACUGUGUAAAAGUACAAAUUAUUUAUUUCUGAUAAAGUGGCCAGUUAUUAGAAGUACAAAUUAGGUGUUUCUAAUAAAGCGGCCAGUUAUUAGAAGUACAAAUUAGGUGCUCCUAAUAAAGUGGCCAUAAAGUAGAAGUACAUGCUAUGAGUUUCUAAUAAAGUGGCCUCUGAGUAGAAGUACAAAUGAGGUGUUACUAAAAAAAAAAAAAAAGUGGCCAUGGAGUAGAAGUACAAAUCAUGUAUUUCUAAUAAAGUGGCCAGUUAGUAGAAGCACAAAAUACGUGUUUCUAAAUAAGUGGCCACUGGGGUUGAAUACAUGCUACGAGUUUUUAAUAAAAUGGCCAGUGUGUGGAACAAAAGGUUUUUCUUUCUAAUAAAGUGGGCAUUGAGUAGAAAUACAUGCUAUGAGUUUCUAAUAAAGUGGCCUCUGAGUAGAAGUACAAAUGAGGUGUUUCAAAAAAAGUGGCCAUGGAGUAGAAGUACAAAUUGGCUGUUUUUUAAUAAAGUGACCAUUGAGUAAAAGUACACGCUAUGAGUUCUAAUAAAAUGGCCAGUAUGUGGAACAAAAGGUUUUUGCUCCUAAUAAAAUGGACAUUGGGUAGAAGUACAAUUUAGGUGUUUCUAAUAAAGUGACCACUGAGUAGAAGUACAAAUUUGGUGUUUCUAAUAAAGUGGUCAGUUAUUAGAAGUACAAAUUAAGUGUUUCUAAUAAAGUGACCACUGAGUGAAAGAACAGGGUAUGAGUUUCUAAUAAAGUGGUGUGAAAUGAAAGCAGCUUCCAGUAGAUGGCACUGAACUGUUGUUCUUUCGGGAGAAAACAGCACAUUUCAGAACAUCCACUGCUGGUGCCUUUAAUGGGAUAAAGUACUGAGUUUACUAACUGGAAGCAAAUUAAAUGAACUUAAUUGUGCCUAUUGUAUGCUUUAUAGAUUUAUUAAUAGGUAACACAGAUGUAAUGUUGUUAUUGUUGUAAUAAAUGACAUCUCAGCA